AUGGAACCAGGGAAUGAUACUCAACUUUUAGAAUUCCUUCUUCUGGGACUUGCAGAGGACCCAGAACUGCAGCUCCUCAUCUUUGGCCUUUUCCUGUCCAUGUACCUGGUCACUGUGCUGGGGAACCUGCUCAUCAUUGUGGCCACCAUCUCAGACUCCCACCUGCACACGCCCAUGUACUUCUUCAUCUCCAACUUAUCCUUUGUGGACAUCUGUUUCACCUCCACCACCAUCCCCAAGAUGCUGGUGAACAUCCAGACACAGAGCAAGGCCAUUACCUAUGCAGGUUGCAUCACCCAGAUUCACUUUUUUGUACUCUUUGCAGGAUUGGACAUUUUUCUGUUGACUGUGAUGGCCUAUGACCGGUUUGUGGCCAUUUGUCACCCUUUGCAUUAUAUGGUCAUCAUGAACUACAGAAUCUGUGGAUUGCUAAUUCUGGUGUCCUGGGUUGUGGGUGUCUUAUAUUCAUUGUUGCAAAGCUUAAUGAUGUUGCGGCUAUCCUUCUGCACAGACUUGGAAAUCCCACAUUUUUUCUGUGAACUUAACCAGGUGGUUCAGCGUGCGUGUUCUGACACCUUUCUUAAUGAGGUGGUGAUAUAUUUUGCUGCUCUCUUGCUGGGAGGUGGCCCCCUCACUGGCAUCCUUUACUCUUACUCUAAAAUAAUGUCCUCCAUCCGUGCAAUCUCAUCAGCUCAGGGCAAGUACAAAGCCAUCUCCACCUGUGCGUCUCACCUCUCUGUGGUCUCCUUAUUUUAUGGCACAAGUCUAGGUGUAUACCUCAGUUCUGCUGUGACCCAAAACUCACGCUCUACUGCAACAGCCUCAGUGAUGUACACUGUGGUCACCCCCAUGCUGAACCCCUUCAUCUACAGUCUGAGGAACAAGGACAUCCAGAGCGCUCUGAGAAGACUCUGUGAUACAGGAAGAUAA